GUAGCAUAUGUUAGUUUCUUAUUUAGUUUAUGUUUAGGCUAUAAGGCCUCGUUUGUUUGUUUGUUGUACUUUCUGACUAACCGACACUGCUGCUGUAAACUGCUACUGGAUGUUUGAAUUUCCCUCUGGAUCAAUUAAGAACAACUACCGUCUCCUUCAUUGUCGACGCAGCGCGAGAGUCACGUCCCGCUGCGUGGUCCCAUUUCCCCCCCGCCCCGAAGCAGGUGUCCCGGGUGCGUCGCAGCCCGGACGCCGGACCAAAAGUGAGGCUUUGAGCUGCUGCACUGUUGCUCCUCCACCGCUGUCGCUCGUCCACACGUCGUCCGCAGCACACGGCGCUGGAAAUGCUCCCAUGCUCAACUCAGCGGCUGUGUCCAGAGGUUAGACUCUCAGUCAACAGAGGGCCACAGCCACGAACACAUCAAGCACCCUCCAGGCUGGGAAGAGACACCUGUCUCCCUGCAUUCAUCUGAAAACAAGACAGACAAGACGGACAAGACAGACAAGACAAGACAGACAGACGGGCAGAGCUGAGUGGUCCAGCACGUGGGGGCUGUCAGUGUGUGUGUGGGGGACAAGCGGUGACCAGGCUAUGAGUGCAUCUCCGAGGGAUUGUAGUUCAAUGCUGAGUUGAGCAAAGUGAGCAGAACAGGAGAGACACUGUAAGAGGAGCAGCCAUGGGGCUUGGACAAUCCAGCAAGACUCCGGUCUCUGAUGACACAGAUGAAGUCAACUUUGACCACUUCCAGAUCUUGAGGGCGAUCGGAAAAGGAAGCUUUGGAAAGGUCUGCAUUGUGCAGAAGAAAGACACCAAGACGAUGUACGCCAUGAAGUACAUGAACAAGCUGAAGUGCGUGGAGAGGAACGAAGUGAGGAACGUCCUGAAGGAGAUGCAGAUCAUGCAGAACCUCGAGCAUCCGUUUCUGGUCAACUUCUGGUAUUCCUUCCAGGAUGAGGAGGACAUGUUUAUGGUGGUGGAUUUGCUCCUGGGCGGAGACCUGCGCUACCACCUGCAGCAGAACGUUCACUUCUCAGAGAGCACGGUCAAACUCUACAUCUGUGAGCUGGCGUUGGCUCUCGGUUACCUCCGCUCGAAGCGCAUCAUACACAGGGACAUCAAACCUGACAACAUACUACUGGAUGAGCAUGGCCACGUCCAUUUCACCGACUUCAACAUCGCAGCCAUCGUCAAAGACGACCUGAAAGCGACGUCCAUCGCCGGAACCAAGCCAUACAUGGCUCCUGAGCUUUUCCAGACCUUCGAAGGCUCCCACCCCGGCUACACCUUCUCUGUUGACUGGUGGUCACUGGGCAUCACGGCCUACGAGCUGCUACGAGGACAGAGACCAUAUGUGAUGAGAUCCAGCACGCCAGCUAAUGAGAUCCUCCAGACCUUCCAUAAGGUCCAUCCCAGCUACCCAGCAGGCUGGUCUUUAGAAAUGAAGUCUCUUCUCAGAAAGUUGCUCUGCAUCGACGUCCAGAAGCGCAUUUCCUGUCUAGCGGAGCUCCAGGAUUUGGACUACAUGUCGGACGUCAACUGGGACGCCGUGCUCAGCAAACAGCUUCCCCCCGGCUUUAUUCCUAAUAAGCGCAGACUAAACUGCGACCCCACGUUCGAGCUGGAGGAAAUGAUUCUGGAGUCCAAACCGCUUCACAAGAAGAAGAAAAGACUCGCUCGGAAGACCAAGGACCAGGGAUCUGAUGGAUCACCACAAAAUAACCAGCUGCAGCAGCGAUUGGACAACGUCCAAAGAGACUUUAUCGUCUUCAACAGGGAAAAGUCAAAGCAGGUGGUGGUGGACUCGGAGACGUCUGAGCUCUCCACGAGUGAGAAGAACAAGGCUAUAGAAGACGGACAGAAUAACAACGUCAAGCCGGCUACCUACUUAUCAGGAUAGGUCUCAUAACCUGAGCGCCCACCUUAUCUUUCUUAUCACUUGCACCUGCCCACAGCUUGUAGAUCAGCACUUCACACACAGACACUGAUUCUUCUAUCAGCAACUCGGCACUCGGACGUUCCUGCACCACCGUUUCAUCUCUGCAGAAAAAGAAAUGCAGCGUCACUGAUCGCGCCCAUAAAAUAAAACCCAUUAAAAGAAAAACUGAGGGAGUGAAAUUGACUCCAGGACGACGGGCCUUUUUCACUUUGCUGUCACGGAGAGGAACGACUCUGUGUUGUUGAGUGUCGCUCACACCCGCGCUCUCUUAAAUCACUCUGGUGCUCUGAGGUCUGCUCGACCUGCAGCGAGCAGCCCAUGUGAAAAGGUCGUCACUUAAGAGACAGCGCCGCGUCGUCUCAGCUCUCACCGUGACAUAAAAUCUCACGUGGUUCUUCUUACGCUGGAGCCUGGAAGGACACUUUUAUUAUUAUUAUUAUUAUUAUUAUUAUUAACCUAAUUACAAUGAUUUAAAAUGUAGGAUAACAAUGGUUUUCUUACGCUUCAACGAAACGGCAUGGCACAAAGGAGCUCACAACCACGGCAACCUACUCACUCUUCUAUAAUAGAUGUUCAAGAGCUAAACUGUGAGCUUGAGCAUGAACGGCUCGCGUUAUCAUAGCAGAAGACACAUGGCGCAUCAUACCAGCGGCAUAAGCUGCACAAAACGGGCAAAAAAAGAAAGCAGCUGUAAGUUUUCACUUCACUAUGCUUUAGAGUACCAAAUGUAGCAUUUUAAUGUUAAGCUUCAAGGUCGGUGGUUGGUGACGUCCUCCAGGGGUCGCUGGUGUUGCUUCCUGAUGGAAAAUUGCUUUUGCCAAAACUGGUUUUUAGAGAUUUUGGGACUAAACCUCGCCUCAGUCUGCUACUGACCAACUGGAUGUUUCAAAUAAAAGCGACGACGGAAUAGAAAGAG